AUGACUGCCCGAAUGGAUUUCUACGGACUGACAGACCGCCUCGCCUUCCUCCUAACAUCCAUCCUCGACGAAGACAACGCGCCGCCACCGGAAUUCGCCUCGGCUCUUAGAAGCCACUGCGCGCUGCUGCUUUCCCUAUUGGAGGACGUCGAGCCGCUGGUAGACGCGUGGAGCGCGCAGCGGCAGCAGCUUCGCGGAAACAUCUUGCUUCAGUCGGCAUUGGACGAUUUGAGGGCCGUGCUGGAGGAAGCUUCCGGGUUGCUCUACUGGUGCUCAUUGGCGCGCAGCAAGGCGUACAUCGUGAGUUUUUCGGGAACGCGGGCAGCUGCAUGCCACGUGUUCUCUUCUCCCCGUCUUCUUUCCGCGUCCCUCGCCUCUCAUUUUUCGAGACGGUUCUCAGAAGCGAUCAGCUCGGAAUGGGCAGCGCAGAAGUUUCAGGACCUGACCAUGCGACUGGGCGACGCUCUGCGCGACGCACACUCCGUCGUCGAGCCGUCGCCCGUGCAGCAGCCGCACUGGCACGGGCUGUCGCACGGGCAAGCUUCGGGGUGGCAGUUCCAGGUGCCGCACAUCCUCUCGAAGCUCUCGCGCGCGCAGUACCCCAUUAUGCGAGAGGAGUGCCUGGGUAUCCCUUUUGCCGAACCUGCUCCCUCUCUUCCUGCCGAACCUGCUGUGGCUGGCUCGGAGCCAGGCCUGGGGAUCAUCUCUGGCUUUAGCCAGGGUGCCCUCCCGUCUGUUGCUGAAGUACCUGAGAUUCCACCUGAACAGGCACCUGAGGCAGCCAGCAGCGACGGAGAGGGAGGGAAAGCGGCUGCCACGAGCAAUGCUGUUGCCCCCGGACCUGCUUCCCCAACCACCCCGUCCGGACCUGCACGCCGAGCCGCCGCCGCAGCUGCGGCAAGGCGGAAGAAGGAGCAGUUAGGGAAGGUCGAGAGUUGCGCUGGUGCUCCUGCGAGUGGGUGUCUGAAUGAGUUGGCUGGGUGCUUUGCUGGGGCGAAAGAGUAUGAAUGGAGUGAGAAAGAGGGAGGGGGAGGAGAAACGGGAAAAGGGGGAAGGGUGGGUGAAAAGGAGGUUGCAAGGGAGGGAGGCAACAGCAAAACACACCCUUUUCUGGGCCAGCAGCAGGAUGAGGAAAAGACGGGUGGAAAGGAACAGACGGAAAGGGCGUCGGAGAAAACACCUGAAAAAGCACCUGAGGAAACACCUAAGAAGCGGCAUCAGCAGGAGCGUGCAGGAGCCGGGACAAGGGAGAAAUACGCAGAAGCCAUUACUCCGAAGGCAAAAGAGGUGAAAGAGGUGGUGAUGGUGAUGGAAGUGGGCGGAGAUGAAGGAUUGGAGGAGAGGGAAGAGAGGGAGGGGGAAGGAGAAGGAGGGGAAGGAGAGAGAGAGUUGGAGUCUCAGGCGUUUGAGUCUGAACGGAAGGUGCAGCAGUGGUUAGAGCAGCAGCACCAGAAUGAGGGGGAGAUGAUACCGCAGCCAGAGCACCUGACACCUGACCACCUGCCAAAACACUUGGGGCUUGAGAACCAGCAGCAACAGCAACAGCAGCAGCAGCAGCAGCAGCAGCAGCAGCAGCAGCCGCAGCCGCAGGAAAGGAAGGUCAGUGAGAAGAGCAAGAAGAAAGGAGAGGAGAAGAAGCAGGAAAAGGAAAAGCGGGAGGAGGAAAGAGAGAAAUCAAGAGAGAGGCAGGGGGAGCAGAAGACGAAUGCAAUCCCACCGGCAUUUGAUGAAAGAGUGUCGGAGCGUGGAAGAGGGAGAGCCAGGGAGAGGGGCAGGGAGAAGGAGAAGGAGAAGGAGAAGGAGAAGGAGAGGGAGAAGGAGAAGGAGAGGGAGAGGGAGAAGGAGAAGGAGAAGGAGAAGGAGAGGGAGAGGGAGAAGGAAAGGGAGAAAGAGAAAGACAAUCUCAGCCGUUCCUCCUCCCUCCUCCCUCCACCCCCCAAGAACCCCCUCCCUGCCAUCUUCCUCCACCCCGCCGAGCCUGCCGAGCUGGUUCGGAUGCUGCAGGGCUCCGAGCCUGCGCGGCUGCACGCAGCGGGGCGAAUCCGCGAGGUGGCACGGGGGGACGAGGACGCGCGGGAGCACUUGAGGCAGGCAGGGGUGCUGCGGCCGCUGCUGGACUGCGUUGCUGCUGCUGCUGGGCUGCCUGUGGGCGUGGAGGCGGUACUGCUGCAGAGCCAGGAGAAACAGGAGAAGCAGGAGGGACCGGGAGGAGGAGUAGGCAUGGGGGAUCCGCUCCCUCUUCCCCCUGGCGCUGCUGCUGCUGCCGGUCUUCCCUACUCUGCGUCUGCUGCUACAAGCUAUCCGUACCCUCCCCCCUCGCCUGCCAUGCCUGGCCUGCCCCUCACAGCACACCCCUGGGUGGCCCCUUCCCCCUCCCACCCUCCCAUCCGCUACUCCUCCUCCGCGCCUGGCUAUGGCAUUCCAGCCACUCCCUUUUCAGAGCGUGCAGGAUCCAUGCGAGCACCUUCCCCCACUCGAACCCCCUCCUUGGCUGCUUCUCACUCAUUCCCAUCUCCUUACCCUGCUGGGUACGGGUCUGCUGCAGCUGCUGCUGCCAAUGCUACUCCCAGGCACCUCUCAGCAGCACACCCUGGCUUUCCCGCACUGCACCACCCGCACACUCCGCAUGCCGGCACCACCCCCUCCCGCUCUCUCUCUUCCGCUACCGCUCCUCCUCUUUCCACCUCCCCUUCUUUCAACCCUGCUCAUACCAACUGGGUUUUAGCAGAGACUGCUACUUUCGCUUUAGUCAACCUCACUCUCGAUCCAGUCAACUGCACUAUAGUCACCGAUCUCGGUGCCGCCCCAAUCCUCGUCCACAUCCUCCGUGCCGCCCCGACCGCCGUCCGGGACGCAGCAAUCGCAGCUCUCUUCGUCCUUUCCUCAUGCGACGCCGCCCGGCUGGACAUCGGCGCGGCCGGCGCGAUCCCGCUCCUCGUCUCCAUCCUACUGGACGAAAAGCCCCAGCGGCAGCCCUCGGCUUGUCCGGCCAACUCAGACCGAGCCAAAGAAGACGCCCUACUCACUCUCCUCAACCUCUCCCACCUCACCUCCAACAAAUCAACCCUCCUUCUCUCCGGCACCCACCGCGCGCUAAUCCACAUUAUAACUCGCGCACCCGGCCACCGGCUGGCAGACAAGGCUCUCGCUACAAUGAGGCAGCUUGUAACGAGGCCGGAGGGGAGGGAGGCGGUGGUGCAGGCAGAAGGGGUGGGUGCACUGGCAAGGGCGUUGGAGCGAGGAUCGGAUAAGGGGAAGGAGGAAGCGACGGCGAUUCUGGUGGUUCUGUGGGAUAACAAUGGCGGGGGGCACAGGAAGGCGAUCAGGGAGAAGAAGAUUGGGAAGCUGCUGACGGCCGUGGCUCGGACAGGCUCGGAGCGAGGGCGAGCGAAGGCUCUUCAGCUGCUGAUUCACCUCGCAUGA